CGCCAUGUGGACUUUUUUUCCCACUUUCUCUCUCUCUCUCUCCCUUCUCUCUACGGUCUGAAACAUAACCGAUGAGCUCGUCGCCGUCAAGGAAUCCGACGAACGCCGAAGCACCUCCGCCACAACCAACAUCCACGGAUGCGGUGGCAGAGGGUUCGUCUAAGAAAGUGAGGAAACCUUAUACCAUCACUAAGUCUAGGGAGAGCUGGACAGAGGAAGAGCAUGAUAAGUUUCUUGAAGCACUUCAACUGUUUGAUCGUGAUUGGAAGAAGAUUGAAGAUUUUGUUGGUUCAAAGACUGUGAUUCAGAUAAGGAGCCAUGCCCAAAAAUACUUUCUAAAGGUUCAGAAAAACGGGACAUUAGCUCAUGUGCCACCUCCUCGACCUAAGCGCAAAGCAGCUCAUCCGUAUCCUCAAAAGGCAUCGAAGAACGCUCAAAUGCCACUUCAAGUUUCCACGUCUUUUACUACUACGCGAAAUAGCGACAUGCCGGGAUAUGCUUCAUGGGAUGAUGCCUCAAUGCUGCUAAACAGAGUUAUUUCACCACAGCAUGAACUUGCUACUCUUCGUGGAGCAGAAGCUGAUAUUGGAUCGAAGGGCUUAUUAAAUGUUAGUAGCCCUUCUACAUCUUGUAUGGGAAGCUCAAGCCGAACAGUAUCAGGUUCUGAGAUUGUAAGAAAGGCGAAACAGCCUCCCGUGCUUCACGGUGUUCCUGAUUUUGCUGAAGUUUAUAACUUCAUUGGGAGUGUCUUUGAUCCUGAAACGAGAGGCCAUGUGGAAAAGCUCAAGGAAAUGGAUCCUAUAAAUUUCGAAACUGUUCUGUUAUUGAUGAGAAACCUCACAGUUAACUUAUCAAACCCUGAUUUAGAAUCCGCUUCCGAUUGUAAUGAUGCUGCAGAGGAAAGUCCUCUCAUCAUAUGACGUGAAGACCGAGCUCCCAAGCGUUGUUUCCCUUGUCAAGAACUCAACAAGCGACAAAUCAGCUUAACAAAAAUAUCAGCCAUCAGCUAUCAAGUUUACUCAUCGGUUUUCCAUGUUUAAUAACCUUUGGUGUUAUACGUCACUGGGAAUCACAAUCUUGUCAAUGCAUCAUCAUGUGGGAAUUGUGUAAAAGGUCUUUGUUGUUUUGAGGAGAAACAUAAGCGAAGUUUUCGAGCUAUAGGGGACUUCUGCAGAUUUUGACCAGGACUAGUUGGGUGAAUGGUAGGUGUAAUAUAUGUAAGGGGUUUUC